AGAUUCCUGGAUCGAUAAGAUUCGGCAACCUUUUGCCUCGACUACAUUCAUUCAAUUCUCUGUCUUUGCUUUUUACCGUCGGACUACUACUCUGUCUCUCCCUCUCUCUCAAAAUCGGAUUAGGAGAGGAAGAGACAGAGAGAGAUCUGGUGGGUUUUUGUUGUUGAUAGAAUACAAGAUAUCGUUGGGACUAUUGGAAAUGGAGUUCAAAGAGGUUGUACCAGUAGAGGAUGAUGAGAUGAUACAUGAAAAUGGGGAAGAAAACAGUGAGAUUGAGCGAAGCAAAGUCGGUAUCAUGAGAGCUCUUGUUGAAAGAGAAGAUCCUUCUUCCAAGGAAAUGGAUGAUUUGAUGAUCAGGAGAUUUCUGCGUGCCCGAGAACUGGAUAUUGAGAAGGCUUCUGCCCAAUUCCUGAAAUACUUAAGCUGGAAGCGAGAAUUUCUACCUAAGGGCUCCAUAGCUGAAUCAGAUAUUCCUAAUGAUCUUGCACAGAAUAAGGUGUUUAUGCAAGGUCUUGACAAGAAGGGACGCCCCAUUGUAGUUGCCUUUGGUGGCAGGCAUAGACCCAGCAACACUACCGUAGAAGAGACAAAACGCUUUGUAGUAUACAUUAUUGAGAAAAUAUGUGCCAGAAUGCUGAGUCCACUGGAAAAGUUUCUGGCCAUUGUAGAUCUCGAAGGAUGGGGAUACACUAGUAGUGAUGUUCGUGCAUACCUAGCAGCUCUAUCAAUCUUGCAGGAUUGCUACCCCGAAAGGUUGGGGAAGUUAUUAAUAGUCAAUGUGCCUUACAUGUUCAUGACUGCAUGGAAGUGUGUAUAUCCAUUUAUUGACAGCAAGACCAAAACGAAGAUAGUUUUUGUUGAGAACAAGAAGUUAAGUUCCACUCUGCUUGGUGACAUUGAUGAGAGCCAACUUCCUGACAUAUAUGGAGGCAAACUAGCAUUGGUUCCCAUUCAAGAUAGCUAAUGUGUUGAUUCGACGCAGUGCAAAGCAAUUCUUUAUGCUAUUGCCUUAUUCAGUCUUAUGUGGAGGAUAAAGAAUAAUAUCGUAAAUUUUCAUUUAUUUUCUUA